AUGGCACAGCCUUCAUCGCUGCAGGAGCUCGAAGUGCUGAGCGCCGGAGAUAUCAAAAGGCUCCUAACACGCGAGGGCGUGAGCUCUCGUGGCUGCAUCGAGAAAGCUGACUUUGUGAGGCUGGCAGCCAAGACCUUCGGCAUUGAGAUUGGUGCCCAGGCUGAGGACAAAGCACAAGAUGGAGGUGCAGAGCAAGACCGGAGCCCUAGCCAGGCCAGCAUCCGCUCGGACUGGAGCGAGGCAGCGAAGGCCUCGGCCAAGGUGAAGGACAACAAUCGCAGCCGCAGUGGCAGCCGGCGCCGAAGAAGAGACAACAGUCGUGAUGGCAGCCCGAGUCAGCGAAAGCCAAACGACUGGAACGUAGAGUCCAUGAGGAUUACAGCAGACGAUGCUGCUGCCUUGACCUUUGGAGCUGGAGGGCGAACUGUGGAGCGGAUUGCACGUGUGUCGGAGGCGGAGGUGGAGCUUCUCGACAAAGACCUCGUUCUGGAGAUGAGAGGUACAGAUUUGCAGAGACGCAGAGCCAAGAAGUAUGCAAACAUCAUCAUGAAGCAGCGAAUGGGCCCAAAUGUCAUCACGGAUGACUUUGAGGAUGGUGACCUCACAGUCCUGAGCGUUCCUCCAGAUGUUGUGGGCUACGUCCAGGGUCAAGGCGGAAGUGUGCUGCGGAGCAUCGAGGAGGAAUGGGGCACUCUGAUGGUCUUCAUCGACACGGAUCUCUCGAAAGCGCAGCGCCUGGCCAUCUUCGGUAGCAUCCGCGGUCGACGCGGCUCAGAACUGAAAGUGCUCAGCGCUGUCGAAACGAAAAUGUCCGGCUACUUUGCCUCGGUGCGCGAGAUGAUCAUCAGUCGUGACAAGUACAAGGACCCAACGGCCACUUGGGGAACGGAUACCAUGACUUUUCGAGACGAGGGCGAGAUUUCGUAUGCCCUGGGCAAGCAGGGUGGCACGAGGAAGAAAUUGGAACGCUCUUCCGGUGCCAUUGUCCAGUAUGUGGGCAUGGUUGCAGUCGUCUCGGGUACCAAAUCAGAACGCUGCCGGGUGCGUGAGUACAUGAAGUGGCUCUUUCAGCAGUUGGAAGGCCCAGUUUAUGUGGCCGGCUGGGAGGACCGGGAAGACUGUACAGUGGUCGACAUACCCAGUGACUGCAUCGGCUACAUCACCGGCAAUCGACGUGCAACGCUCGGCCUGAUGGAGGAGGAGUGGGGGACGCUUAUGUUCUUCAUGAGCGAGGAUGGCGCCCGAGGCACCCGUGGAGGUGGCACCGAGAGAUUGGCAAUCUUCGGCCCGCAGCGGCCGCGUCGCGGCUCGGAGCUGAAGGUGAUGAGCGGCAUAGAGACGAAGAGUCCUGGAUUCUUCACGCGAGGCAUCCGAGAAAAACUCUCGGAGAGAAGAGGCUUUGAUACAGAUCGCAUGCUGUUUCGCGACGAUGAGUUGAGUUAUGCUCUGGGGAAGGAUGGUGCGACGAGGAAGAAGUUGGAGCUCGCCUCCGGAGCCAUACUGCAGUAUGUUGGACAUGUUGCCUUCAUUGCCGGAACCCUCAAAGAGCGCCGGCGAUGCCGGGAGUUUGUGAAUUGGCUUCUGCAACAGCGACGCGGGUCCGUGACCAUCACGGACCUGUCUCGGCGAGAUGACGUGGCCGAGGUGAAAAUCCCCGACAGUUGCAAAGGCUGGGUCACAGGCAGCCCGGUUUGCAAGCUUGGACAGCAUUCGAGGCCUUACAGGCGAAGCACUAAUUUCUCCCGUAGCUGUAGGUCUUCAGGCUGCAAUGCCGACGGAUGUCCACCGCAUUUACAAUCAUGUGCCAGACUGCAUGGCUUUGCCUCGAUCAGCUGCUUUCCGUGCUGA